GCGUGCCGUCUGCCGUCGCGUGCUCUUCCAUUUGCGCCAGACACCUUUUCCAAGUCGCAAUCCACGUGAGAGAGAGGCGAUCACUAUGGAUAAACCAGUCGUUUUGGCGCGCGUCAUCAAGGUCCUGGGCCGCACCGGCUCGCAGGGGCAGUGUACCCAGGUGAAGGUGGAGUUCCUGGGCGAGCAGAAUCGGCAGAUUAUCAGGAACGUGAAGGGACCGGUACGAGAGGGCGAUCUCCUAACCUUGCUCGAGUCCGAGCGCGAGGCGAGAAGGCUGCGAUAAUGCGGGGCUUCGUUAACGCCGAAAGGAAAACCGGUCGCCAGCCGCCGUCACCGCUACCGGACCUCACCAGCUACGCAUUUCCCGAACGUGGAUCCCUCCCACGCAUGGAUCAUGGAUCAUGGAUCGUGGAUCAUGGGUCGUGCAUCGCAGAUCAUGGGUCGUACAUCGCAGAUCAUGGAUCAUCGAUCGUCGACAAUGGGCAUUCCUGACAUCCGAGUCUCUUGGAGGACGCUGGAGGAUCACGGGACGGGAUCACGUUUUCUUGGAAACAUUCCUGACGCAUGAGAAUUCCACUUUUGCAAUAAAUCUCGGCUGGUAACCACAA